AAAUUCCAAGCGGGUGGUCUGUGAGUUAGAAAACAGGCGAGGGUUUGGGGGCGGGGCGCGGGGCCCAUGAGGCCCCUCCCUUCGGCCAAUCAGCGGCUACGGCAGGCGCCUGUGGGGGCCACUUUCUCCUCUGCGCUGGGAGGGGAGGGCGCUGGAAGCAGCGUCUCUUCAGCUCCAGCCGGCUCCUCUGGCUCGGGGCCUCUGAAGGCGGUCUGACGGGCACUUCCACAGUGACAACUUCGCCGCCGCCGCCGCCGCUCCGUGAGCGCGUAAGGGCCCUAGGGCGAGGGCAGGCGGCGGCCCCUCAGUGUGGCCGCAGGGGUCCCUGCCCGGCCCUGAGCGGCGGCAGCAGCUCCGCCGCGGAGCCCGCCAUGCGCCUGAGACGCCUGGCCAGGACGCGGGGCUGCGCGGGUGGUGGCCGCUCCUGACGCUCCAGCUGCACCUGCUCCAGGCACUCGUUCAAGAUCCCACUGUGUAAAUGACAACUGGGAGUUCACACAGAGCUUUGUGAAGGAUUUGGUGAACAGAUUUAAAAACCCCACACAGCGUAUGUCAUUCAUUACCUACUCGACACAUGGCCACAUCAAUAUGAAGCUGACCUCGAACAGAAAAAAAAUAAGCACUUCUCUUGUCAAAUUGCUCAAUGUGCUGCCUACAGGAGCCCUAAAUAUGCAGCAUGGAUUGAAAAAGGCCAAUGAGCAGAUCGAAAGAACACGUGCUGCAGGAGCGAAGGUACCCAGCCUCAUCAUCGUGCUGACAGGUGGAGAACUGCUGCCAGAAUCGUUCGCAGAGACACAAGUUGAAGCUGCAAAAUCCAAGCAGUUGGGGGCAACUCUGUAUUUCGUGGGUGUGCAAGAUUAUCAGCUGUCCCAGCUACUGGAAAUUGCUGGCGAAGAGGGUCAUGUGUUUGGAGUGGACACUGGAUACAGCGGACUCGAAGACAUCGUUGACCCACUCCUAGAGAGGUCUUGUGUGCAGAUUAUAUCUGUGAAUUUCUCCUCUAUCUGCACUAGAGGUAACAAUGAAGUCAGGGUUAUUGGAAACGGUUUUGAAAACAUAGACAAAGAUCAAGUUAUCUGUCAAUUUCGAAUUGGAAAGAGAACCAUCCGAAAAAAGGCAGUGUCUGUGCAAGAUACCUCCGUUACAUGCCCAGGACCAAAGAUAAAUAAUCCGGGCCAGGCCGUCUUCAUCGAUAUCAGCCUGGAUAAUGGCCUCACCUUCAUCAAGACAGAUUUAGAUGUCAGCAGGAGGAACUGUGUGACUUCCAGGGAGGGGACCCCACCUGCCCUACUGGAUGCCGUACCACCAGCUGCCCAACAACAUGUCGUUCAAAUUGCUGAGCUGGAAGUCACACAGGAUAUUUCCCUGGAUGAACAGUCUUCCCUUCAAGUUUUCUUCACUACCAUCUCUCUCUACAGCUCUGUGUUUCUCGGGAUUCUGCUCUUUUUUCUGCUGCUGUGCUGUUGUAUCUGCUGACUGCAUUAAAUGUGUGGGUGACUCCUGA